AUGAGGUGGUGCCUUAACCGUAUCCCCGCCAGCACCCUCAGCGUGCCUUUCCGAUCGCCUCAGGACGCCGACAUCGCCCGCGGGUCCCUGGCCCCCGAUGCUGAACCGCACCGCGGGGUGCUUCGUAGGGAGCUCGUGGUGAAUGGCAGCUACCUGGCCGUCCGGUGGACUGCUGAAGACCCUCGGAUCCUGAGGAUUUCCGUCCUGAGCUUCCUGGACCAGCUGGCCCUGGUGUUGCGGACCAUUCAGCGCUUUGGGCCCCCUGUUUAG